UUUCUCUCCGUCUUUUCACGGGGCACUCGCUCACGGGCACCAGCUGUGCACGCUAGUCUCUUUGCCAGCCCUGCUGCCCGAAAAACGCGUCUAGCGCUUCACACUCGGUAUUCACCCCACAUCCCAUUUCGCUUCCGAAAUACCUCCAGCCUCAAUAGCGAGCGCCCACUAUAUAACACCCCCUAUGCGACUCACAUCUCCCCUCAAACAGCUUGCCUGCCCACCAUGUCCUCCAAUACCACAGACAUCUCCGACUUCAACUUUACCGGUGGCUUCCCCACCUCUACCGACCUCGCCCCGUCCAUUGUCUUUUUGGCUAUCUAUGUUCUCGCUAUCCCCGUCCUCGUCUUCCGCUUCGUCCGCAAGCAAGACCGCACCAUGAUCCUCAUACGGCCCGCCGUCUUUGUCGCCUGUCGCCUCGGAAGUUUCGGUUUGAGAGCUUGGAUGUCCAAAAACACGUACAACGAGAACGAGCUCAUCGCCGAGCUCGUCAUGAUUUCGAUUGGUGCCCUUUUCUUGAUUGCCCCUCUCAUCUCGUGCUGGACGAACCAUGUCGAGUCAGAGGUCAGGCCGGAAGACAGGCCUCGAUGGUUGUCUCUCCUUUCAAAGGCACUGCACCUCCUCCUCAUGGCCUGCAUUGCCACGGCGGUCAUUGGCUCCUCCAUGAUCGGCAAAGCCAUCAAAGACCCCAGCAAGAUGGACACUGUCACCGGUCUUCGACGAGCCAGUCUGGUUCUCUCCGUCGUCGUCGUCGGUCUCGUGGGAAUCGGUAUCACCCUCACAGCUGUCAACUACAACCUCUCCCGCCGAGGUACCGCCUGGCUUUACAUUCUCGACGGCUGUCUUCUCGUCAUCACCAUCUACAAGCUCGCCCAAUUUGAAAAUACCGACUCGGACUCCGUGGCCCAGUCCCGCGUCGCUUUCUGGAUCCUGCAGAUCUUGUUUGAAUUCUUUGCAUUCAGUCUCAUCAUGGCCAUCUCCCUCCCCACCUGGUUCCCUUCCGUCGACCACGAAGAGUCGCUGCGCGACGUCGAGAUGGGAGGCCAAAAGAACAUGGGUAACCCCUCCAUGGCCUUUCUCCGGAGGUAGACAAAAAGCUGUUCAUGUCGGUUUCUUUCGGCUUUCUUGAAGUUAAGGGAUUAUAACUACAACUGUAUCGUCUCGAUGUGCUCGGAGGUAGUGUGAUAAAAGGUCGCCGCCACGUCUUAGAAUAUCUCAUCCACAUACGCUUUGGCUCAGCAGGGCCCAGUUCAUAUAACGAAUGUAUCACUUGUCCAUCACG